AUGUCCGUGCCACUGCUCCCUGUGACCGGCGGCUUUGCACCAGCAUUUGCCGUCUACUACGCCCUCCUCAACCUCCGCGUGAGCUUGGUGCGUGUGUCGUGCAAGACCAUGAUGGGGACCGAUGUCGAAGCCGCCGCAAACCACGAGAGUCAAUCUCCUCUUCCUCCUUCUCCCACCUCUAACAGUUCCGACGACCAGACUAAGGCCCAGACCCAGAAACAGCAACAGGAACAGAACAAAGCUGGGGAUCGUCUUCUCGUCAGUGCCCGCUGCCACGCCAACUUCGUCGAGAACGUGCCCCUGGCUCUCCUGGUCGCGUCCGUGGUCGAGAUCAACGGUGGAAAUACCUGGGUGCUGACGGGCACGUUGGCUGCCCUGCUGCUGUUCCGGAUUGCCCACGUGGAAUUCGGAUUGAGGGCGAAAGACUCGAUGGGCUGGGGCAGGCCGGUCGGAUACUUUGGCACGUUAGGUUUCGUGGUGGGCAUGAGUUCGUAUGCGGCUUGGCUGGGGAGGGGUUACUGGAACAAAUAG